AUGAAAUCAAAUGAAAAUGCUUUGAUUACGUACGUGAAAAAAUGGAUCAAUGGUACCAUUAUCGCAAAAAGUGACAUUACACUUUGUGAGAACACUGCAAACGAUCCGUUGAAUGUUUUACAUAACAAACGAUGCGAGAAAAAAAUGGUUGUACUAGCUGAGGUUACUGGAGGAAAAGGUGAAACGGAGAAACUGCAUGCAACAAUAAAUAAAGUGCGAGAUACAGUUGUCGGUGAAGAUGCUAGGCUUUACAACCCUUUUGUUAUCACUCUUAGUAUGUCACCAAUACGUUUGGUGUAUCCAAUCGUGUUUCGUGGAGUAGUCAACAAUAAACCAUACGAAGAAAUGUAUCCGUUGACACGGUUUGGCUGUGCUAGUCAUAAUCAUCCAUGCGGGAAGACAUAUGAUUGGUGGGGUCGGCCAUUAUGGGAUAGUUGGGGAUUCUGUUGUACGUGUAAAAGAAAAGGAAUUUAUUCAAAUGAAGUGCGGACAAAGAUCUACAAGUUUGGUUUAAAAAAGAAUCAAUACUUUCGAGGCCAUCUCGACUGCAGUAAAUAUCGUUCAUCGGCCCAUUGUAUGCGUUAUGAUAAACUGUGGUAUAAUGUCUACGAAAUCCUGGUUUAUACGUUCGACUUUACUAUUUGGAUAAAGGCCUACGAUCAGGUUGAAAAAACUGAGAACAACGAAACGUUAAUUGAGUGGGUUGACGGAGGAGAGAUAGAGUUGAGUCCAUCAAAAACAGGAGGAGUGGGUAAAUAUGGAAGGAUUGUAGCUAAGUACAUUGGUAAAAUGAAGUCAGGAACAGAGUACCCAAGAUUGCAAGAUCACUAUUUCCUUACGCCAAAUACAAAAUACCUAACGUUAGGUAAAGAACACCAUCCACAGCUAAAGCAUGGAUAUCAUGAUUAUUUAAUAAUUCCCAUGAGUGAGGUUAUUUUAACGAAGGAAGGUGGUCAAUGUGACGAAAUAGGAGUGGGGUUUGCCGCAUUCUCAGAUCAAAGUACGUAUCACGAACUGACUGGAUAUGGUUGCUAUCAGAUGAAAGGAACGUGUCUUCGAAAUCAAGUUCAAGAUUAUUUCGUUGAAGAUUCAAUGCGACGAGAAAGAGGAGAGAAAACGAAAUAUUUCCCAGAAACAUACGGUAAAAUAACAGGUUUGAAGAAACCAUUCGCUUCUGACGACAAAGUGGUGGAGUUUGAGUCAAAAGAGACUUCAUCAGUUAUGGUUUAUCUUGAGAUCAGCGCAGAUGACUUGACUCUCGUUUAUAACAGGGCUGCAGGGAUAAUUGUGAAAGCUUUUGCUGAAAGCUUCGAGUCUGAAAGUCGCAACGGUUUGGCAACCGUCAUUGCUCAGAAUACAGGAUUUGUUACAGCUGAAUUCUUUGUUGCCAUGGAACUUUGUUCAAGUGGUAUAAACGGUGGACACGAACAGACAGCUUCAAUCAAUCCACAGACAAAUCAUCGCUUUGAUUUCACUCUUGAAUCAUACAGACGUAAAGGAGGUUCAUUUUCUUGCACAGCAACUCUUUACGACGCUAGACGACAAUCCAUCGACUCCACUGUUAUCAACAUCAAUACAACAAGCACAUGUGUUUGUAUACUUCGAUGUGGUUGUACGUGUACGGAUCAAGAAAGUUUUGUUUGUCUUAAUGAAUCCAAAGUAACCUUCGAUCAAGAUAAACCUCCCGUAAAAAGCGAUUUUAUGGACCGCAUUGCCGGAACCAUAGAAGAUGUUGUCAACAAAGUGGUUGACAUUGCAAAAGGAGCAGUUUCUAUCGUGAAGGGAAUAUGGAACUUAGCCCGACAUCUUGAUAAAAUAUGGUCAUUCCUUAUGAUGCUUGGUUUCAUAGUUCUCUUGAUCAUACUACGCGUAGUUCUCAGUUUUCUGCCAACGGGGAUAUUAAAACUGGCAGCAAAAAAAACAUUUAAAGCAAUGAAAAGCCCAGAGAAGCAAGCAGCAGCUCCGCCAACAGUUGUCGUAAUACAAAGAGAAGAGGGAGACGUUGACGAAGAAGAUAAAACCCAGGAAUUUUUGGGAAUUGAUAGUGAAGAAAAAAGAAGAGGCGUAAAGGAUUUUGUAUUUGAGUGGUUUUUUUUCUUUAUCUUGCCAUUCAUGGUUCUGCUUAGAUUAUCAAAGUUUUUAUGGGGAAGAUUACUUCAACCAUUGUCAAACGCAUGUAUACACUUGUUGAAAAAAGUUUUAGUUUCACGAAAAACAUCAAUGUCAACAACUUGUGAAGACGAUGCAGAUCAUACUGACAAAGUAGAACGCGACAUUGACUUUGAAAGUAUGGGAAACAAUGAAGAUGUAGAAAUUCAUUACACAGAACACAACGAGACAAGAAAAAAAGAAAAUGGAGAGAAUGACAUUGGAAAUAAAGAAGAUGAACAUGAUGAAGAGAAAAACUUAACCUUUGAUGUAGAAAAUAACAGAGAAAUUAUAAAGAAGGAUGUUCCUAAACAGGGAAACUUUGCCUUCCCACAUGACGUUAAUGAAGUUGAAGAUGGAGCAGGAAAUGCUGCAUCUACCGCCAGUGUCGCAGAUACUACCACUGUUACGAGUGUUGUAACAGAAAAGAUUGCAGGAGUAAGCAGUGUUUCGAAAAGUUUCACAGAUGGAAGCAAUGUCGCUGGUGAAAUUUCUACUAAUGAAAGGCUCAAGGAAACUGAAAGUUUUGACGAUAAUCCUUAA